GGGGAAAUGUGGGGGUGGAACUGGGGAAGGCACAACACAGAUUUGCAAAGGAGGAACAAUCGUUGGCCAAUCACAUAGCAGAGGCGGAGGAGACAGGUCCUGCCCGCGGGAUACCCAACGGCUUUUCUCCACUACCAGCAGAACCCGAAAGCAUCGUCAUCACCAACGUCUGCAGUGUCGGCAAUGAAGACGGCCUGGCUCCAAACGGGCCCCACCAACAAGAAGACCUAAGUCCACUUCUAGAGAAGGACGUCCCAGCCUUGACUGAAGAGCAUGUGGCCUGCGUACAAAGUAUUCUGGACCAGUUUCUCCAAACGUACGGCAGGCAGUUUGAUUCCGCUGGGGACGGAUGAAGUCCUGGAGAAGCUGGAGGAUGUAUUCCAACAGCCCUUCAACACACCGACAAGGAGGACGGUGGUCCAGCACGUCAUCCAGUCCUAUCAGAGAUUACCAGGAAACACUCUACUACGCAGCUUCCGUGUCACAUACAAGAGACACGUACUAACCAUGGAUGACCUGAGCACCCUGUACGGCCAGAACUGGCUGAAUGACCAGGUGAUGAACAUGUAUGGGGACUUAGUCAUGGAUGCGGUACCAGAAAAGGUUCACUUUUUCAACAGUUUUUUCUACGACAAAUUGAGAACCAAGGGAUAUGACGGAGUAAAGAGGUGGACAAAGAAUGUUGACAUAUUCAGUAAGCAGUUGUUGUUGAUCCCCAUACACCUGGAGGUGCACUGGUCUCUCGUCUGCGUCAACGUCAGUAAACGGACCAUUACUUACUUUGAUUCCCAGCGUACGCUGAACAGGCGCUGCCCGAAGCACAUAGCCAAAUACCUGCAGGCUGAAGCCGUGAAGAAAGAGCGUGCAGAAUAUAUGGACGACUGGAAGGGAUACUUCAAGAUGAAUGUGGCAAGACAGAAUAAUGACAGCGACUGCGGCGCGUUUGUAUUGCAGUACUGCAAGUUCCUGGCACUGGAGCUGCCAUUUUCCUUCGGCCAGCAGGACAUGCCUAAACUGAGGCGCCAGAUGUACAAGGAACUGUGUCAUUGUAAGCUGACCGCGUGA